UGAGCUUAAAGGUCGAUGUUUAGAAAAUUAAAUACCUAGAGAAAAAAUGGGAAAACUAAUUUUACACGGUAUCGAAGCUAGUCCCCCGGUCAGGGCAGUUCUACUCACACUCAAAGCUCUCAAUCUAGAUUACGAAUUCAAAUUAGUAAAUCUUCUAAAUGGUGAUCAUAAAACAAAGGAAUAUUUAAAGAAAAACCCCCAACAUACGGUCCCAGUUUUGGAAGACGAUGGUCACAGCCUGUGGGACAGUCAUGCUAUCGCAGCUUAUUUGGUCGGCAAAUAUGGAAAAAAUGAUUUGCUCUAUCCAAAGGAUCUCUUGAAACGUGCUGUUGUUGAUCAACGAUUACAUUUUGAUUCCGGAGUGUUGUACAUCAAUAUGAAGAAUAUAACAACUCCUCUUUUUUAUAAGAAGAUUACCACCAUUCCUCAGGAGAGUCUCGAUGCGAUAAAUGAGGGUUUGGAUUUCUUGGAGAGCUUUUUGGUGAAUGACUUCAUGGCUGGAGAAAAUAUGACAAUAGCUGAUUUUAGUAUUUUAUCAACUAUAAGCACUUAUGAGGCUUUCACUACCAUCACCGAAACCAGAACUCCAAAAUUAGCUGCUUGGCUGAAAAGAAUGACUGCAUUACCGUAUUACGAAGAAGCAAAUGGGAAAGGUGCUGCAAUUUGCAAUCAAGUCUUCAAGACAGCACUGGCUCCAAAGUGAAUAGUUCUUCUCUUUAUAAUAUUAGAAAAAGAAUACAAAGUAUUAAUAAUAAAUGAAAAGCAUACAUAUCAGUA